AUGCAUCAAAUGAACCUGUUCUUGCUUUCAACAUUUGCGCUGGCAGCUCAAGCCGCCAGCGUACCAUCUCUCCCAACUGUUGAUCUGGGAUAUCAAGUCCAUCGAGCCAUCUCAUACAAUGACACUUCCGGAACCUACAACUUCACCAACAUCCCCUACGCCGAACCUCCCCUUGGAUCUCUGCGCUGGAGAGCUCCUGUUCCACCCCGUGGCGUCAAGACGACCAUACAAGAUGGAAGCGUCGGCAAGACAUGCCCUCAGAUCUCACCCAAUUGGACAAUUAUUGCACAGCAAUUUGUCGCGGCAUGGGCAACCAACCAGCUUCCGCUCAACUUUACCGAGGCCGAGGCUAUUGCAAACACGACUCCGCAGCCGGUGGACCCUCGAACUACAGAAGAUUGUUUGGUCCUGGAUGUGGUUGUCCCCAAGAAGGUCUUUGACAAUAAGAAACAUGGGAAAAAGGCCCCGGUGGUGGUUUGGAUUUAUGGAGGCGGAUGGGUGAGUGGAACAAAAGAGUCCUGGGGUAGUCCCAACGGCAUCAUCUCUACCUCUCAGGAAGACGGCAGCGAUGGCAUUGUCUGGGUCGCCAUGAACUACCGCCUCGGCGCGUUUGGCUUCCUCGCAGGACCAUCCCUGCAGGCAGACGGCACCGCCAAUGCCGGCCUACACGACCAACUCCUCGCUUUGCAGUGGGUGCAGGAGAACAUUGCCAAAUUCGGAGGAGACCCUGACAAUGUGACGGUCAUGGGCGAGUCGGCCGGUGCGGGCUCCAUCAUGUACCAUCUGCUUGCUCAUGAGGGGAAACGUGCUCCUCCGUUCAAGAGGGCCAUCGUACAGUCUGUCCCGUUGACUACCCUGAUUGAUCCUGCAGAGCAGGAGAGCAACUUUCAGACGUUUCUCUCCAUUCUCAACGUCACUUCGUUGGAAGAAGCCAGACGGCUCCCCUCGAGUGCCCUUAUCGCCGCCAAUAUCCAGCAGAUAGGAGCUGCGCCUUACAAUGUCUUUGCCUUCAACCCAUCCGUCGACAACGACUACAUUCCCGGCCCUCCAGCCCCAUUGCUGCUCAAUGGCUCUUUUGCCAAGAACAUUCCAAUUUUGUCUUCUCACACCAGCUACGAGGGCGCUUUGUUCACCGACCCUCGAACCAUUGGCAACGACACGGCAUUGGUACAGAGACUCCGGGUCAUUAACCCGCUCAUCACAGACAAAGACGCUUGCUACGUACUUGAUACUCUCUACCCUCCCGUGUACGAUGGCUCUCAACCAUACACGACUGAUCUCGACCGUAAGAUUCUGAUGGCGAAUGAGAUGUACUUCGCCACGGCUCAUCAGCCCCUGCUUCAGUCGACGAUCAGUCGUGGUACGGAAGUUUAUGCGUGGCAAUUUUCAGUCUUUCCGGCUAUCCAUGCAAGUGACAUCCCGUAUACUUUCUAUGAUGGACCGGCUGCAGGCGUUGAUCCUCAUGUGGCGAGCAUUAUGCAGCAUGCUAUUGCUGGCUUUGCGAAGAAUGGAGUGCCGGAUGCUGGGCCGUUGGGGCUGGCAUCGUGGCCGGAGUACGGAAAGGAGGCCACGACUGUUGAUCUCAACAUUAAUUCUUCGGUUGUCAUUUCAGAUCCCACCUGGAAUAACAGGACUUUGUGGUUGGCGCAUGCUACUUGGGCGUGA